CAGUACUCUGUCACGUGGCCUCUGAAGAGCAUCCCAGAGUUGUCCAGGAGGAGUGAUGGCCAGGAGAUCGAGGAGAGACCAGAACUCCAGGAUGCUUCCUGUGAAGGACAGACAGUUUGGUGCCUUCACUGUCCUGGUUUUCCACACUGUUGUCUUCCUCGCCCUGAUACACUCAUGUAGAGGUCAGUCUGAGAUUAUUGGUCCAUCUCAGCCAGUAGUGGCAACAGUUGGUGAGGACAUCAUUUUGCCGGGUUACCUGGACCCUGUCAUGAAUGCUUUUGACAUGACUGUGGAGUGGGCGAGACCUGACCUGGACCCCAGAUUUGUCCUCGUGUGGCGUGACGGCGUGGAACUAGAGAGCAAAAAACAUCCGUCCUACGAGGGACGAACAUCACUGUUCACUGAUGAACUGAAGCACGGAAACAUUUCACUGAAACUCUCCAAAGUGAAAAUAUCUGAUGAGGGAAGAUACAGAUGCUUCAUUCCAACACUGUCUGGAGCCUCUACUGUUCAGCUUGUUGUAGUACCCAGUACUCCCGGUACUCCCGGUACUCCUGAUACCACUGGUACUCCUGGUACUCCUGGUACCCCUGGUACCCCUGGUACUCCUGGUAGUCUGUAUUUUAUUAUGGGCUCAACUAUUGGCUUUGCUGCUUUGGUGUCUAUUCCUGCUGUUGUCUUUGUUGUGUGGAAAUGGAGAAACAAGAAAUUCAAAAACAAGAGGAGGAGCCACGAGGAUGGACCUGAACAGACCGAGGAAGAAAAGACGGUCACAUCUAAGAGUGAUAACACAGGAUUCCACGCCGUGAUGGAAGGAGAAGGAGAAGGUGUACCGCUUAUGGCAGGAAGACAGGAAGAGACUACUGUGGACAAUGGAGGAGAAGAGAAGAUCGAAUCUCAAAGUGAACGUAAAGUUCCCCAGUUUGUGGCUGAAAGAGAAACACACCAACAUCAGCUCGGGACAAAACCAGAGCCAAUAAGGGACAUGGACAGGGCAGUAGGAGAGCGGGGAAUGAAAUCUGUAACUGAUGAAAAAGUAUCUCUUAUUCCAGCAGAAGGAGAAACACACCUAAAGCAGGACAUGAUAGGAAGACAAGUACAAAAUGAUGGGGACAAAGGUGAAGGAGAGCAGACGAUGAAACCAGUAAAGGGAGAUUCAGGACUUCCAAUGGUACUGGUUGGAGAAGGACAAAAAGAGCAGCUACACAAUCUCCACACUGAUCAGGAAGUACACAAACAGCAAGAGCCAAUGAAUGAUGUGGACAAGAAAGAGGCAAACAUUAAGAAAAAGAACAAGCAGGAGCGAGCGAAAAAAGGAGGUUCUGGAUCGACGGGACAGAAGAAGCAACGGGAGAACCAGAGAGAACAAAUGCAACUGGAGGCAGAACAUGAGGAUAAGAAAGGAAAAGAUCGAGAUGGAAAAAAGAGUAACAUGACGAGAACAACAGAAAGGAAAGCAGAGAACCAAAAGCAGCAAAGUAAAGAGAAAUUGGAAGAGACAAAAGACGAGAAAGUGGAACAUGAGAGGGAGCUUCAAACAGAGACGCAAGAAAAAAUAAAGAGGGAUAAAGAGAGGACAGAGCUCAAAACACAGAAAGGAAAUGGCAACCAGCAUGUUUUAGAUGCCAGCAAACAAGAAACAGAACUGGAGGAUAAGAAAGGAAAAGAUCGGGAGGGAAACCAGAGUAACAUUACCAGAAUGACGGAAAGGAAAGCAGAGAACCAAAAGCAGCAGAUCAAUGAGAAAUUGGAGGAGGCAGAGGAAAAGAGGGAUGGGAGAGAGAAUAAGUUUUCAUCAGACCUCAAAACACAUCCAGAAAGAGCAGAGAGAAAAAACCAAGAGCCCCAAGAAGAGAACGAGCUCCAGGCAGAGAAGCAACAGGAAAAAUCUCUGCGAAAUCAGGAAGAAACCAAAGAGCAGCCAGAGCGAUCCACCAACAGGGUAAAGGAAGAGUGUAAAGGAAGACAGGAAGAGACUACUGUGGACAAUGGAGGAGAAGAGAAGAUCGAAUCUCAAAGUGAAGUAAAGUUCCCCAGUUUGUGGCUGAAAGAGAAACACACCAACAUCAGCUCGGGACAAAACCAGAGCCAAUAA